GCUUUCCUUCUUUAGUUUCGAGAGACGCGAAGAAAUCGAACAACACACAAACCCUAGAAAAACCAUUAUUUUUUUUAUAAAGAAACAAAAACAAAAAAAAAAACUUGAAACCACCGAUCUGGGAAAUUAGCGUAACCGUCUCUCUCUCUCUCUCUCUCACCAUUACCCAGAUCGCACUUGAUUGAAAAAAUGUCAUCUCUAAGCAGAGAGUUAGUUUUCUUGAUUCUUCAGUUCUUAGAUGAAGAAAAGUUCAAAGAAUCUGUUCACAAGCUUGAGCAGGAGUCGGGGUACUAUUUCAAUUUGAAGUACUUUGAAGAGAAAGCUAUGCUUGGGGAGUGGGAUGAAGUCGAGAAGUAUCUUUCUGGUUUCACUAAGGUUGAUGAUAAUCGUUACUCUAUGAAAAUUUUCUUCGAAAUCAGGAAGCAAAAGUAUCUCGAAGCGCUAGAUCGACAAGAUAGGGCAAAAGCUGUUGAGAUAUUAGCAAAGGACUUGAAAGUUUUUGCUACAUUUAACGAGGAGCUUUACAAGGAAAUCACUCAGCUUCUUACUCUGGAGAANACACACAAACCCUAG